AUGAUUGGAAUUAUUUGGUUUGUUACUUUAGUUUUCAUUGAAACCUUUCGAUUAUCGAGUGGAUUAUUGAACUCUAAAAAGAUUCGUUACUUUACAAAAUCUGUUACAAUUUUAACAAUUGUAAACUCGGUUGGCUUGAUUGUUGUAAACUUGACAGGAACAAUAUUGACAAUUUUACAAAAAUUGGGAAUGGUUUCGGAUGAUUUGACAAUGUACAUUUAUGGAAUUUGUAUUUUAAUGUUUGUUGUUCAAGUCUCUAUUCAAAUUUCAAUGUUAAUUGCUGCUGCCACAAUUGUUUUGAGAAUUAUUUCACGAUUGUCAGAAGAUAAGCAGAAGAAGAAACAUUCUGUAAUUAAAGUUCUUAUAUUACAAUGUGGAUUAUUCGGAUGUUUCAUUUUUGAGGCAAUAGCUUUCGGAUUUGGAAUAGCUCAGGAAGAUCCUGAACUUUCUCAUUUAGCUCUUGGAUACUCAACUCUAAAUACAGCUGGAAUUUUAGUGUUUGCGUUUACUGCACUAGCUCUAUAUUCACCAAUUCACAUCCUUAAAAAGGAUUACGAUAAUCAUAGCGGAACAUUGAGCAUGAAAUCGAAUAAUAUUUCAUCUUCUAGAAAUAGAACAAGGAAAUCUGCAGGAGGAACCCCCAAUUCCACUAGAAAUAGUUUACAUUUGGAGGAUUCACCUGUUGUGAGCGACAAAUCAAACCAAUCUCCACUUGAAACUCCAACCAAUAAUAAUAUUUAA